AUAAACUUAUUAAAUAGAUUUCUGCAUGCGAUGGGGGCCCGUUCAACCAAGCUUUCUAAAGGUGUCUCCACGCUAACAUUAGGGGGAGGGAUGGGUAUUCAUGACAAGUACCUCUCGACACUUUCCCUCAACACUGUCUCGGCUAGUGAGUGGAAUCUAGUUGUCAAGGACUCUUUCAACCCAGAGGCAGUCGGACUGCCGAGUUCUCAGCCCCAAACUAAACACAUAGGUCCCAAACCCACUUUCAUGAACUUCGAAACAAUUAGGCGCCCAAAAGCUAUAAAUCAACAACUCGCGGAACACACUAAGACACAGCAAAAGCAAAGCAGUCCAAGUCAUAAGCAGAACACACAGCAACCAACGACCUCAGGUAACCCUGCAAGUAGGAAAAGCAGCCCAACCAAGACAAAGCAGAUCAAAUCUGAACCAAGUGGCAAAGCUAACGAACCCAGUUCAUCAAAUCAAUCCCACAAGUAUAAUCUUAUACAAGUUGACGAAAACAAAAAUGGGCAAAACGGAAAAAUUGGAAAUGAGAGGCUAAUUUCAAGCUCAAGUCCUGCUGCAGAACUCGAUGCGCAGAUUGGAGUACAGAAACAAAGCUUUAUAUACCGUCUCUCAUCAGCCGAAGGGAGUUACGAUGUCAAAACUUCGGCAAAAAUGAUAGGCACUGCAUCUCAAGACGAAGUUGAAAAAUAUCUGGAGAGUUCUUUCCAUUCGGAUUCUGAUACAGACACGGAGACUGGCUUACCAGGCACUACCAAAUCGCUUACUGGAUCAGAAAAAGCUACCCUAAGGCUACUAGAGGAGGGCCUGAAUGUAUUUGACGACACUGAACUAGUGCAACCAGAGCGAGAUGCAUACGAGGAAACAGAUCCCCCCGAGGAGAUUUUCUCAAACCCAGACUACGAUAUGUCGGACGAAGACGAAGACGACGAUUACAACAGUACCCCUAAUAAAUAUCAGAAUCAGUCUCCUAUCAAAAUAGUUCCCACUUUACCCCUAAGUGCCAACAAACCUUUUGAAGGUAUAGUGAAACCAGAUACUUCUGAACCUUAUGAGGUUGUAAUGGGACAAGUUGUCGACUUGCACGAGAUAAUUGACAUUGAUAGUCGUACAAAAAUAGUAGAGAAAAAGUCAGUCCAACAAGUUCAUGGAGACUUGAAAAACAGUGAAAUUAUUCCUCCGCCUGAUUACGAUUCGGCUUUGCAGACUAGUCGCUACGUGAAUUCAGUCAUGUCAAUUGUUGAAGAAAAUGUGAACAAAUCUACAGAGCAAUCGUUUGAUUCACCAACUGCGUUUAUCCUACCGGCAGCUGAAAAAUACCAGCCUCGGCUCGCAAAGCAGAUUGCAUACGUGAAGCCGAAUAUCAAAGAGCCGAGACAAAUUCCAGCUCCGGAUUAUGACGAAACAGACGGCUCUUUGAGUUUGCUGAGCGGAAAGAAUAGUGCCAGGAUAAUGUCGAUGGUGGUGGAGACUCCGUCUUACAUUGCGGGCAAAAAUCAUGGCCGCAUUGAUCCAAAUAGACACAGCGUUGUUCCCGGAAUCAGGGAAGACAUGAGUCCCUCUGUGCGCAAUAUGGUCAAGAGAUUCGAAUCAGUCACUCCUCAAGAUUCAGACAGACCUAAUCAAGUCUCCCAGAAGACAGAGAACUACACAGACUCUCCUCUCUCUGCUAAUCGAAAUUCGGCUGUUGUUAACACUCCAACGCCAAGACAGCCCAGCUGGGUUCACUAGAGUAGGUUCUCGCUUUGGUUCCAGUGUCCCUAAAUUUCCAGUGGCAGUGUUGUAAAUUAGGACGAAAAUGAAAAUAGGUAGAUGCAGAUAAAUAGCAUGAAUUCACGCUGGCACGACAAACUGUUAGAAAGAACGGAACAAAGAAAAAAGAAACCAACGGAUAUUUACGCAGAUAUCAACAUGUACGACAAUUGAAAUGAAAACACUUUAAAAGUCUUGUUAAAUUGAGAUACGGAAGUAGUGACUCAACCAGCGACCAUCGACCGAUUCUGAAUCUGUCAUGGAUAUAUAGGUGCGUGUAACCAUGAAGUUCAAAAGGGAGCAUUCAAAAAUGACGAAACUGAAGAUUCAGUGACACAGAUAGAAUAGAAAAGAACUCAAACAACCCUUUUCACAAAUUUGGCACAAAGUGAACUUAAUUAUUACUUAGAUGAAAGAGCAUUAACCUACACAAAGUGAACCUAACGACUAAAAACUAAAAUGGUGAUGCUAUUUAGUGCGUUCGAGGUUACCGUUUGUAAUACCUCUGAAUUAUGAAAUCUGGUGAUUUAUAAUCAAAAAGAUAGAAGACAAAAGAUUAAACAUAAAAGAUCUUAGCUAGUGGUCUUGCAUUGAAAAGACCAACGUUACGAAGAUAUUUUUGAACGGCUCGUGUAUUUCAAUCGAAAAUUAAUCUGAAUUAAGAUAAAUUUUCCAUAGUUUCACCGGAUUCGUGAGUCAUAUUUUAUCUAUAAAUUAAUGCUGUUUCAUUUGCUUUGUACUAUAUUGCCCAAUUUUAAUAAGUUGCAUUUCUUAUUUCACAAAUGAUGGCUUUUUGUAAAACUUAAAUAUAGUCUUAUUUUGCAUAUCAGUAAUUUGAAUCCUAUUCAUAGGCAUAUCUGUUCACAGCUUCUGUUGUAAAGGUUCACUUGAAAAAAAAAAUUCGAUUCACUUACAAAUAUUUAAUUCUGAUUUUCCAGAAGAAUAUUUUCUUCUGAGUAGCAUUAGUUGUGAACAAUGCAAACAGCGGUACUUUUAUGAGAUUUCGAGGAAAUUUUAGGCAGCAGUUAUUGCGACCUGCCUUGGUUUAGCCACUUAUCAAAAUAACCCUCUCAGCUCAGAAAAAUACUCGAAAAAGUACCACUGUUUGUUUUUUAUCAUUAGUUGUGCUAAUUUAGUGUAGUCUUCAUAGAAGAAGUGCUAUUUUCACAUCAGAAUCUACGUUUAUUUAGUAGGCAUUCGCCAUUCCUUUUAGCAGGCUUAGCCAAUCAUUCAAUUUGCAAAUUUAUCAAAUUUAGUUUUAUAAUCUGUUGCUUUUUUGAAUCUAUGUGCAGGUUUUGACGUUUUGAUUGAAAAAUGCAACUUAAGAGUACUUGCAAAAACAAUUUGAGUCGUGGUUUAAUAAUCAUAGCUCUAGUAUGUUUUGAUUUCUUAAGCACUUUUGGGCUUUUUAGAGUCAAUGAACAUAGUGAAGUUUCUUCUAUAGGUUUUGAUGAUUUUUAUUUGUUUGUUUUACACAUUGAUCCAGUUUUCUCAAUUUGGGUUAAAUCAAUAAAAAAGUGUCAAAAAUAAGUUCUUCUUCAAAUUCAAAGACCUUUCAGGCUAUGUAUGUGUUUUUCUUUG